AUGUCUUACCGAGCGAAAUUUCUUGGUUUUGUGGAUGUGAUAAUGCGGAUACCACCUCUAUUUCUAUUAGACGAGAUAUUAAAAAUGAAUUUAUUCAAUGAAAAUCUAAGUUCAACGCAAUUAGGAAGUUUUACAAAUUUGGACACAAAUAAUACAAUUCUAAAUAGUUCGUCAACAUUAAAUCAAACAGAUUCUAUAGUCAACAACAUAGACUUACAUGGAUUAUCAGUAACACUAUUCAAAUGUGUAAUAUUUCUUAUAGGUUGCUUUAGCUCAUUAGCAAUUUUUAUGUUAUGGACACGCCAUUUAGUAAUCAUAUAUUUGUACAUUAUAUCAGUAGGUCUAAUAUUUUUAUCACAUUGGAGUAAUGUUGCAGCGGUAGCAUUGCUUAAAGAAGGAAAUCCAAGUUUGAUUGAGGACAUUUUGAAUGUUAAUAUUCAGCGAUUAACAUCAUCAGAUGGAAUGGCUGUGACUCUAUUACCGCAUUUCUUGUUACAGUAUGUCAUGGGAAUAAUAUUUGCAUAUAUUCAUCUAGGACCAAAGCAUCAAUUAAUACAACGUGUAUUACCAUUUACAUUCUUGAUGCCACUAAUAUUAGCUAUAUUACCGAUACCUAUAAAUAUAGUUAAGCACGCACCAACAUUUUCGGCAGUCCUACCUUUAGUUCUAUCGAAAAUAGCAAUAUGGAGUGCAUCAGUUGAUAUUUUUAGGACAUUACUUAGUGGCUAUAGACAUGCCGUGAGUUUUGCUGAGAACUUUGGACUAUCAGCACUCGUUGAAAAUGAGUGGCAACGACUGAAUGUUCCAUGUGUCCUUCGAGCAUUUUGGACAAUCCGAUUAUUGGAGCAGUUUGCAUCAAUAGCAAUGUCUCCGGAAGCUGAGGCAUUAUCAUUUAUGUUUACAUUUCAAAAACUCUUAAUCAGUGGCUGUGAAACAUUGAUAGCACUGCUCGGAAUGACAUCAAUCAUAAGCUUUAUAUGUCACUAUAUUGGUGUAUUAUUUCAAAUGUUCUUAAUGGCUGAGGAAGAUGAUGAUAAGUCUAUUGGAACUGUUUCAGCUAUACUAUUCUACAUAUUAUCAUUACAAACUGGAUUAACGACAUUACAGCCUGACAAACGAUUUGUACGAUUAUGUCGAAAUUUGUGUUUACUGAGUACUGCUCUUUUACACUUCCUGCAUAAUAUGGUCUCGCCGAUUUUAAUGAGCCUCUCAGCAUCGCAUAAUCCAUCGAGGAAAAGGCACACGAGAGCUUUACUUGUUUGUGCUUUUCUUGUUUUAGCACCUGUCGCUUUAUUAAUUAUUUUAUGGUCUCGACAUCAGCCGAGUACAUGGCUUCUCGCCGUUAGUGUUUUUUCGAUUGAAGUUAUCGUUAAGGUACUUGUAAGCUUAGCGACUUACACAUUAUUCUUAGUUGACGCACAACGACAAAUAUUUUGGGAAAGACUUGACGACUACAUUUAUUACAUUAAAGCAUUUGGGAACAGUGUCGAAUUCUGCUUUGGAAUUUUUCUCUUCUUCAAUGGCGCUUGGAUAUUAUUAUUUGAAUCCGAAAAUAAUACUCUAGGAUCCAUCAUUCGGUCGUUGAUGCUCUUAAUUCAUUCAUAUUUCAACAUUUGGUGUGAGGCGAGAGCUGGAUGGUCAGUUUACAUGAAGCGAAGAACUGCCGUACAAAAAAUUUCAUCGCUGCCUGACGCAUCCAGUGAGGAAUUGCAGCAUUUUGAUGAUGUGUGUGCUAUAUGCUAUCAAGAAAUGACAUCAGCAAAAAUUACACGUUGUCGGCAUUAUUUCCACGGUGUAUGUUUGCGAAAGUGGCUUUAUGUCCAAGAUAAGUGUCCGUUGUGCCAUGAAAUUGUCAUAAAUCAAGACGUGAAGACUGAAGUUGAGAAGCCAAACGAGGAGGCUAUUGAGCAAGUGCCGAAUCUUGAGCAAUUGCUGCCACGCCGUGCAACACCAUCACGAAAUAUAAUUUUACAUCAUCAACCCCAUCGAGGGAGAAGUAAUUCAGCAUCACGUGAAUCAAGUCAUAGCUCUAUCAGCAGCAAUACAACAACUAGUUCAACAAAUCCCAAUAAUGGAAGUGGAAGAAUGAUGGCAGGAAAUUAA